AUGUCGUCCAAACGCACCAUGAGGGUGAUAGCUUUGGUCAGUGGUGGAAAGGAUAGCUGCUAUAAUAUGGUUCAGUGUGUUGCUGAAGGACAUAAAAUUGUCGCUUUAGCCAAUCUACGACCACCAGACAAAGAUGAAAUGGACAGUUAUAUGUUUCAGACAGUCGGUUACCAAGCUGUUGAAUUGUAUGCAGAAGCAAUGGGCUUGCCACUUUUCAGGAGAACAAUCGAAGGCUCAUCAAUAGAAACUGGAAAGGACUAUGAAAUAACUUCUGGAGAUGAAGUUGAAGACAUGUAUGAACUGUUAAAAAUGGCUAAAGAAGCUGCACAGGCUGAUGCUGUCUCUGUCGGGGCCAUUCUCUCAGACUACCAGCGAGUUCGUGUAGAACACGUCUGUAGCCGUUUAAAACUUGGAGUUUUGGCUUAUCUCUGGCGUCGAGACCAGGCAGAACUUUUAGCUGAAAUGAUCCAUGCUCAAAUCAAAUCAAUAAUCAUCAAAGUAGCUGCCAUGGGUUUACUCCCAGACAAACAUCUCUCUCUUUCCUUAGAUGCCAUUCAUCCAACUAUGGUCCGCUUAAAUCGAGAAUAUGGCCUGAACAUCUGUGGUGAGGGUGGUGAAUAUGAAACGUUUACUCUGGAUUGUCCGUUAUUCAAAAAGCGGAUUGUUGUCGAUGAUUUUGAAAAAGUGAUCCAUUCGGAUGAUGCAUUUGCACCUGUUGGAUACGUAACCUUUAAAUCACUUCAUUUGGAGGAAAAAAAUUCUGAGCCUGCAACUGCUGCAGAAUUGGCUCAUCUUUCUAUUAAGCAUAGUCAGUCUUUGAUUAAGGAACUAUUCUCUCCCGAAGAGCUGGAAAAACUACCUGAGAUACGCUGCUCGAGAGAAGCAGAUCUUGAUGUCACACCUGCUGUUACCAUCACUCAUCCCAUCGUUAAAGAAUUUAAUGGACAUUUCUGGGUCGGCAAUCUUGUUGGACAUGGUAAUUCUGUCACCGAAGCUAGUCAUUGUUUGAUAGAUUCUCUUUAUCAAUGUCUAUCUUUGCUUUCUGCUGAUGCUAAAAACAUCCAUGCUGUUAAUCUCUAUGUGAAAUCUAUGUCUGAUUAUGAUACAGUGAAUGCUGUCUACAAUCCGUGUUUUGGACUCAACCCACCUGUUCGAGUUUGUGUAGAAGCCAGUCUCCCAGAAAACUUCUUUUUUAUGAUGGAUGUUGCAGGAAGUUUCAAAGAUGAUCACUUGGCUCGACAUACAAUGCACGUGCAGGGAGUGUCUCACUGGGCUCCUUCUAAUAUAGGGCCCUACAGUCAGGCUGUGAAAAUUGAUGGGCAGAUAUUAAUGGCUGGUCAGAUUGGCCUUUGCCCAGCCACCAUGAAACUUGUAGACCACGGGUUUGUUGCUGAGGCAAGGUUAUCUUUGCGACACGUACAAAGAGUUCUUGCUGCCAUGAAUCCAGCCAUUUCUUUAGAGAAUGUGAACUUGUGUGUUUGUUAUGUGACACAAACUGAUUUUAUUGAAUUUGCCCAAGAAGAAUGGAAUCGAGCAUUGGACAAAGAAGGCCUACGUGACGAUUCUUCAGAGUCUUCGUAUCCAUUGGUUGAAUUUGUUGUCAUUCCCGUACAAAGACUGACAGACAUUUCUUGUGUUCUUAGCAUUCUUCUCUAG